GUUUGAUCACACAGUCCAUAUCAAAUGGCAUUCAUCACAUUGGUGCAAUUGACCAUUGUGGCAUUGUUCACACCCAUGGUGGCUAGCUUGGAAGUCCUACCCAUGAAGGAGACCAAUAUGGUCUUCUACUUGCAAGAUUGGGAAAGUGGUUCAAAUGCGACCGCCUUUCCAGUUGCCGGUCUGAACGGCACUUAUUCGAGCAUACUUAAAUUUGCAACCAUCAUGGUGAUCGACGAUGCUGUAACUGAAGGCCUAGAUCGGACAUCAAAGGAGAUGGGGCGGGCACAUGGGAUGUAUGUGAACUCGGCAUUGGACGCUUCUAAUCUCCACCUUCUGUUCUCGGUUGUCUUUACCAAUGAGAAGUACAAUGGGAGCACACUGGAGAUACAAGGUGCCGACCGGUUCUUCCUAAAGCAGAGGGAGGUCUCGGUGGUGUCCGGCACUGGCUUUUUUCGGUAUGCCAAGGGCUAUGCUGUCUUAGAGACUGUCUACCUUGACCUUGCCAACCUCAAUGCAGUGAUCAAGUUCAAUGUAACCGUUUGUCACUAUUGAUCCAC